AUCUGUUUUUAUAAAAACACCCCUUAUCUCUUAUCUCCUCUCAGCGAGCCAGGAUGCUACUACGCCCAGUGCCAGCAGCAGGAGCGGCGGCCGUAUCCUCACCAUCCAGCCGCGUCUCGCCGCCGGGAACCCCAGCCUCCCAGCUCCGACGACGUCGUCCGUUUACCGUCCAGUGCGCGCCGGGCGGAGCCAACAGCGGCGCGCCUGACGCUGCCGCCGCCGCCGCGAAGGCGAAGCUCAAGAUCGGCUCGCCGAUCGUCAUCGUGGAGGAGCCGCCGAUGCUCAAGACCGCCGCGUCGGUGCCGUCGCUCAGGCAGAACGACGGCCGCGUCAAGCCCGGGGACGUCGGGAGGAUCAUGGCGCGGAGGCCCAAGGACGUGUGGGCCGUGCGGCUCGCCGUCGGCACCUACCUGCUGGACGGCAAGCACUUCAAGCCCCUGGAUGUCGUCCAAGACCAAGGCGUCAGCGAUGACCAGACCCAGGACCAAUGAGCUUCUUCUAUACCGGCAACAAACGGCAAAAUGUUUUUUACAUGUUGCCAUUACUGGUUGCACAACUGCAAUAGAAAGAUGUUAAGAUUCGGGAUUCAGGAUGCACAAUCGCGUUUUCUCA